UGUUCCUGAAGACCUCUCCAGCCUUGCAGCAGGUGACACUGUGUGUAAAGUGACCAUGGCUGAAGCAUCCGAUCCGUCGAAACCCGACUCCUGUAAUAAUGUGAGUGGUGAUGAAGAAGAUGAACUUGAAAGGCUGGCUGUAGAGGAACUAGUAAAUGAAGCCAAGAGAGCUAAAGAGAGAUCACAGACCAUGGGCACGUAUGGAUGGGAGAAGAGGAAAGCUACCACAAACAAAAGGUUCCUGCACAGCACGCUUGUAAGCACACUCCGCUCGUACGGCACCGACUCGCGGCAUCGCCAGAAGAGGUAUGGACACGGCUCAGGAACAGUCGAGUCCGAGCGGUCAAAACCCAUUACUGACAAUUGGAAUGCCAAAUCAUCCCAUGAUGUAAUCUUGAAGGAGCCCAAUCAGGACUCCACAUCCUUGGGGACAUUGGCUGGUGAGGCUGAUGAUGACCAUCCUGAAAGAAGGGAUGCAAGACCAUCGCAUCUUGACGGAGGUUUCAUCAGAGGAAGUGAGCCCAGAGAUAGCAAGUCCAAUUCCAGUGAUUCUGAGAGGACACAUAACCAUAACAGUCACCGCUAUGAGACGACAAAACACCGGAAGCGGACUCGAAGCACAAGUCCUCCUUCGAAAGAGGCGAUCACUUCAGAUGACGAUGGUCACAGAAGGGGUCACCACAGACACGGGAAGAGAAGCAAGAGUAGCAAACACAAGAGGAAAAGUAAACACAAGGACAGACAUUCCCGAUCAGACAGUCACAGAAAUUCAAGGAGACAAGAGAAAAGGUAGCAGUUGGAGAAACUUUGAUUGGCUAUUCAACUGGGAGCAAAAGACAUCUUACCAAUGAAAUAUUGCAAACUGGGGUGUGUGAGUUUGUUUCUGCAUUCAAUAGGGGACGUUGAACAACAGAGGAUAAUAGGGUCCCCAAUUCCCGAG